UGUUUAAAAUGGAUUUCAGUUUUUCUUUUCCCUUGCCAUGCGUGCUGGUGAUUCUGACCGUUAUUGAUGGGUGGAUUUGUGCUCAUGUACUCCAGAUUACUGGAGAUAUUGGCAGCAGUACUUCCAUCCCUUUGGAAAUUCAAAAUCAAAGCGAUCUCUCAGUAAUUAAAGAAACGAACUGUUCUUCCUCAAUGAAUGUAACCAUGGACUGUUGCAAUGAUUGUAAUAAAAUGAUGUGUCUGAAGAAUGGGGUCCUGGAGAUGAGGAAUUUAUCAAAAAAUGAUGAAGGGAAGUAUACAAUCACAAGUGGAAAUGACAGCAAAAUAUUCUUACUCAGAGUGUGUGAGCUGCCUCCGGUUGUUCAUAUUCAUUGUCUAGCUGAUGGAAGAGCCAACCUGUCCUGUGACGUAGGUGGUCAAUCUAAUGACAGUGUUUACUGGACUCUGAAUGGAACGCAUCUGAAUGAGGCUGAUGUUUGUCAGAAGGAGGGUGGCAAGAGGAUUAUUUUAGAAAAAGGAGUACGUGGAAAGCUAGUUUGCCGUAGAAGAAACACCUGCAGCAGCUCCUCCAUUGACGUGCUGUGUAAUCACGGGGAUCUGCUGCAGCACCCGCUCUUCCUGUAUAUUCUGGCAGCGUGUGGAGGGGGGGCUCUCCUUCUGGCCAUCAUUGCCUCCGUGAUCACAUGCAGCUGCAUGAAAAGCAAGCACCAUUUCAUUCCUGUGCCUACAGAAGAUGAGAAAGACGAGGGGAUAACCCUGUCUGCCAUUUCCAGUGAAGGACCAAAGAGUCCUCCCAAUGGAGACCACUGUGAAGCUACAGUUGUCCUUGGUGGCAGUAGCCCCAACACUGGUGAAAGUUGUAAACCACAGGCCAAGAUGGAUCCAAAUCCUGCAACUGGACCUGAGAUGGAAUCAGAGCCUAAAACAGAGGAAACAGCUGGAACAGAGACAGAGUUUCGAGAGGUCAUGGUUGACAGUGCAGCCAUAGAAGCUGUGGACGACUGUUUCCCUGAUCCUAUUGAUGCUUGAUCAGAUGUGCUUCCUUUUUUGCCUUCCCGCAGCUUAGGGAAUUGGUGCUUCUUCAUUCCAAGUAAUCUCAGAAUAAUAGUGUCCUUUAUAAAUCACCUCCCUACAGAGAGCCAAGCCCACCUAAAAAUAGUCUACACAGUCCAAUGUGCUCCUACUCUGAAUAGUGAUUAGGGCAGGAUCUACACUACUGCUUAUAAUGGUUUAUAAUGGUUAUGACAACUGUUCAGGCCCAGGACACAUUAUAUAUACCGUUUUCAUACCAUUUUUAAAGUGUUAUAGCCUGCUUGGUGUAG